UCACUUGGAAUCAACUUUCAUCUUUGUAAAUUACAUUAUAGAUUCACACUUCAGAUUUGUUACAUGAUUUCUAGAUUGAUUACUCUUUUCAUUUUCCUUAUUUUUUUUUUUUUUUCUUAAGUUUUGCUUGUUGAAUCAAUCUCAGUUUCGGGCAUGUGUUUCUCAUCUUCUUAAGGUUGGAUGGUGCGAAGACCAAGGACCAAUAGAUCAAGGAGUCGCCUAUGGAGGUCCGAUUGAGAACGACUUGAAGUUGCCAUUAAAAUCUGUGAAUCUUGGGAACUGGCUUGUUGUAGAGGGUUGGAUGAAACCUUCUCUCUUCGAUGAAAUACCUAACAAAGAUCUUUUGGAUGGGACAAAGGUGCAAUUGAAGUCCACAAAGCUUCAGAACUAUUUGGCAGCAGAAAAUGGGGGUGAUUCCAUUGUUGUUAUUAAUCGCACUGCAGCCUCUGAUUGGGAAACUUUCAGGUUGUGGAGGAUUGAUGAAAAUUCUUUCAACUUUCGAGUAUCAAACAAGCAGUUUGUGGGAUUGUCAAGUGAGGGAACCAACAGGAUAGUAGCAAUGAGAGAUGCACCUGGUGACACCGAAACAUUUCUGAUUGUAAGGAAAGAUGGCGAGCCAAAUAGGAUUCGCAUUCAAGCAUCCAAUGGCUUAUUUCUCCAGGCAAUAUCAGAUACGAUACUGACUGCAGAUUAUGGAGGCUCGGGUUGGGAUGACAGUGAUCCAUCCGUGUUUACUAUGACAAUAGUGGGCUCAUUACAAGGUGAAUACCAAAUAGCAAAUGGUUAUGGUCCGGAUAAAGCCCCUCAAGUCCUGCAGGACCACCGGAACUCUUACAUCACCGAAGAGGAUUUCAGAUUCAUGUCAUCCAACGGCUUGACUGCUGUGAGGAUACCAGUUGGAUGGUGGAUUGCAUGUGAUCCAACACCUCCAAAGCCUUUUGUUGGGGGAUCAUUGCAAGCCUUGGACAAUGCUUUCACUUGGGCACAAAAAUAUGGGUUGAAGGUGAUUAUAGAUCUACAUGCAGUUCAAGCUUCCCAAAACGGCAUGGAACACAGUGCAACAAGAGAUGGGUAUCUGGAAUUUGGAGAUUCCAGCAUACAGGACACCGUGGAAGUUAUAGAUUUCCUAGCAGAAAGGUCUAAUGCCUUUAAAUUCUCACAUGCAUCCGUACAAUACACACACACACACACACUAAUGAAGCGAGAUUGCAACCAACAAAUGUGCAGAUAUGCUAAAAAUCCAGCUCUCGGAGCAAUCGAGUUAAUAAAUGAGCCUUGGGCACCACUUGUGACUCUAGACACCCUCAAAAAUUAUUACAAAGCUGGUUAUGAUGCAAUAAGGAAGUACACCUCAAGUGCUUAUGUGAUCCUAUCAAACCGCUUGGGACCUGCUGAUCGAAAGGAGCUCCUCUCAUUUGCCCAAGGCCUCAGUAAGGCAGUCAUAGACGUGCAUUACUACAGCUUGUAUUCAGACAUGUUCAACGGUUUUAGUGUGCAGCAAAACAUCGAUUUCAUCUACAACCAGCGAGGUUCUGAUCUCGCUGCUGUGACCACUUCUGAUGGACCCCUCACUUUUGUUGGGGAAUGGGUUGCAGAAUGGGCAAUAAAUGGAGCAUCUAUGGAAGACUACCACAGAUUUGCCAAAGCACAACUAGAUGUUUACGGCCGUGCUACUUUUGGAUGGGCAUACUGGUCUUACAAGUGUCAGUACAAUCACUGGAGCCUCAAAUGGAUGAUCGAGAAUAACUAUAUAAAACUCAAUUAGCUUAUUCUAUAAUCUGGAAUAAUGCUGAAUCAGCUGUCUUUGAACUCUGUCAAAGAAAAAUGAGGACAAUAGAACAGUUCUUUUUUCUCUGAUGCUUGAUGUGGUUUUAAAUGCUAAUAACCAAGCAUUCUUGUACUCAACCUAUAAAUAUUUUCUGUUCUUAUGGAACAAACUUGUUUCA